GUCUCCUGGCGCGGCUGUAGCCUGUAGGGAACGGCGGGUGCGGGUGACAUGAGCUGCUUGGGCUGGUUCAAGCGGAGGUCGAGGAGCGGAGGAUCGGCGGCGAAGCGAGGAGCGUCGGCGCCGGUGUCGGCGUCGGGCCCCGCGACCACAACGACGACCACGACGACGGCCACGACAGCGUCGGCGGUGAGCACGAGCCGGUCGGACGACUCGGGCGCGGCGCGGCCGGCGAGCAAGUCGGCGGGGUCGGCCGGCUCGUCGUCGCAGUCGCACCGGAGCAUCUCCUCGCUGUACGAGGAGCGGGGCCACGGCCAGCUGCGGGUGUUCGGCUACGAGGAGCUCCAGGGCGCCACGGCCGACUUCAGCCGCGCGCAGAAGCUCGGCGAGGGCGGCUUCGGCAGCGUCUACAAGGGCUUCAUCCGCGGCGCCGACGGCAAGGGGGACCGCGUCCCCGUCGCCGUCAAGAAGCUCAACCAGCGCGGUAUGCAGGGACAUAAGCAAUGGUUGGCGGAAGUACAGUUUCUUGGUGUUCUGGAGCACCCAAAUCUCGUAAAGCUACUUGGAUAUUGCGCUGUUGAUAGCGAACGAGGGGCACAAAGAUUGCUAGUCUACGAGUUUAUGCCCAAUAAGAGCCUGGAAGACCACUUGUUCAGGCGAGCUAAUCCUCCUAUAUCAUGGAACACAAGGCUUCAGGUUAUCUUGGGGGCCGCAGAAGGAUUGGCUUACCUGCAUGAAGGGGUGGAAGUUCAGGUAAUCUACCGGGACUUCAAAACGUCCAACGUUCUAUUGGACAAGGACUUCAGAGCAAAGCUAUCAGACUUCGGCCUAGCCAGGGAGGGGCCAACUGGAGCAAACACUCACGUCUCGACUGCGGUCGUCGGGACGCACGGGUACGCUGCGCCGGAGUACAUGGACACGGGGCACCUGACGGCGAAGAGCGACGUGUGGAGCUUCGGCGUGGUGCUCUACGAGAUCCUGACGGGACGGCGGUCGCUGGACCGGAACAGACCGGCGGCGGAGCAGAAGCUGCUGGAGUGGGUGGCCCAGUUCCCGCCGGACAGCCGCAACUUCCGGAUGAUCAUGGACCCCAGGCUCCGCGGCGAGUACUCGGCGAAGGCCGCCCGGGAGAUCGCCAAGCUGGCCGACAGCUGCCUGCUCAAGAACGCCAAGGAGCGGCCCACCAUGAGCGAGGUGGUCGAGGUCCUCAGGCGGGCCGUGCAGGCGCACGCCGAGCCUGACGGCCGGACUCCCGGCCCCGGCGCCAGGGGGAAGAAAGCCGCCGCCGCCGCCGCCGCCGCCGCGCCGUCCAGGCGGUGAUGGCUACAUGUCGUCACCGGUAAAGGCGCGCUGUUGCCUUAUUUCUGAGACCAUUGUUUGGUCAGUCCUAGCCGUGACUCGGUGAGUUGUGAUUGUGACAGCACAAAAGGAAUGUUUAUGCUUGGGUACAUUCUUGGACACAUUGCUUAGACGACUUGUGUACAUAUAGAUGAGUUGGCGGAUUGAACUUUGUUAGCUUUCGAAAGUGAGCAUUUUGAAAGAAAAAAAA